AGAAGGCGCUCUUUUCAAAUGGUGUCUACUCUGAUUGAACAUAACUGUCAUAUCCACCAGCCGUGUGUGAGACGUUGGUCAGCAAUGCAUGAAGCUGCAAAACAGGGUUGCAAAGAUAUUGUUUCUCUUCUGCUGAAGAAUGGUGGAAAUGUGAACCUUAAGGAUGGAUAUGGGGUAACACCAUUAGGUGUUGCUGCUGAAUAUGGUCACUGCGAUGUGCUGGAGCAUCUUAUUCAUAAAGGUGGAGAUGUCCAGGCCUUAGCAGAUGACGGUUCAUCGAUACUGUUUGAAGCUGCUGGAGGAGGUGAUCCAGACUGCAUAGCACUUCUGCUGGAGUAUGGAGGAAGUGGGAAUGUGCCUAAUAAGGCAGGAUUGCUUCCCAUACACAAAGCGGCUUAUGAGGGACAUUACCUGUGAGUAUGAGCUUGGGCUUCACGUUUUCUUUAAGACA